AUGUCCGACGGGGCAGACCCACCACAGCAGGAGUCCACCUCUGCCCCCAGGCAAAUGCUUCCUUCUGCCCGUCUUGUCUCGUCUUGCCUAGGGUUGAUGGUGAUCUGUGUUCCGCAGGCCCGGCAGCAGGUACCAGGACCAGGAUGACGGACGACAGCGGUUCCUGCUCGAGCUGGAGUUUGUGCAGUGUUUAGCGAACCCCACGUACAUCCACUGUGAGUGCAUGUAGGGCUUAUAGAAUUUUUUGGGAAUUAAUUAACGAAACUAUGCGUACGCUUUUAACCAGGUCUAUGUGUGGAAUUCGAUUCUCUGUCGUAUGAAAUUCGAGAACAUCAUUGGGACAUAAUGUAAAAAUUUAGUGUCCAAAUUCGGCGCUAUUUGGAGUUGAAAUGCGGUUCGGCGCUAUGCAACAUCUCAUAUGAUAAAUGCAAAACUUUUAGGAAUCAACGAUUUUUAGCUAUCGUGACUCCCUACCCCUAAAAUUUAGAUGUAUUUUUUUAAUUAUUUAUUUUAAGUGUGUGUAUUGUGGUUUUGGGGUUCGUAAAAGGAUGACAUUUUGAAAACCCACCCAGCAUAUGCAUGAGCAUUCAUCACCCAAUAGUGCAUUUUUACAUAUUUUCAAAACUAAGCUCAAUGACCAAACAUUGUUGAAAUGAAUUUGUUGAGUAGACAUUGACCUUUAGAACCUCAUUAAUUAUCGGACUGAUGUUUGGCUAGAAUCUACAUUACAUCCUAGUUUUCCCGGCCUUGGUGGAAUAACCCCUUGUAACUCAUUCCCAAAUUCACAAUACCUUACACAGGUGCUCAAAUAUUUUGAAUGGAAAGCCAACCUCUGACUCCAGAAUGUUACUAGAACUCUCUGGAUUCCCAUUGAUUCUCACGUAGAAAGUGGUGCAUCCCAGGUUCCUUCUCAUACUUCAACUUAGUUUCAUACGUGGAUGAAUAGUGGUCUAGGUUUUGAGCCAUUUUCCCGAGGCAAAAUGAAGCUGAUAGGCCUGGGGACACAUGAAACAUAGGGUUUGAUCCACAUAAAUUCCAUUCCAUUCUCCUUCUUCGUUUCUAUGGGAAGAAAAUUCGUAUAUGUUGUGCCUUCAUGUUGGAAUGGAACAGGCGAAGCUUAGAUCUUUUUUCUGAAUCUUGCAUAAGAAAAGAAACUGUACGUGAACUCUAUCCUAUUAUGAAUUUAUUUUUAUAAUCGGAUAUUUUAAUUUUUAAAAUCAUUCAUUUAUCGUUUUGUUUUCAUUUUGUGCUUUAUGAUUCAUUUUCUUAUUUUUCACGCCAGAAGUUUCUUAGUUUUGGUUUUCUUCAUACUAAUUAGAGAGGCCCAUAUGUAAUUCAAGCCCAGCAACAGUGCAUAGUCAACAAACUCUUAUUUAUUGCGCUUUCAUAAUUUAUUAACGGAUGAACACAUUGAUAUAUCAUUUCCAAGAUUGGAUUUCGUAAGAGAAAUUAAAAUCUAUAGGUUUUGUAUUCCUUCCUAGUUUAUUUUCUGAAAACAUUCAGCUAUAUGAUUGAGUUGUAACGUUUGGAAUAUUUUUAAUUAGUCAUAUACUUUGUUCUCGAUCUUUUCUCUGUUUUUUGCAUUGAUAAAUGAGCUGACUAAAUUGGCAACCUUUAGCUCUACUUUUCUUUGGGAACAUGGAAGAAGAAAAAACAUCUGGGAAUAUGGAUAAUUGCCUUAUGUUAUUUUCUCAGUUUCAGCUUUAUGAUUGAAUAGACCAUGUUGGAUAAACCUUAAUUGCUCAUAUGUAUGAUUUUCACUUAUUUUUGCUGAAUUACUUGCCACACUCUCAGUAGUGCAAUGUCAUCAACAUAUAGAAAUUCCAUAUGCAGAUACUGGUGGUCUUCACUUUUCACUUGCUACAGGCUAGUUUUUGUGAACAGGUUGGUAUGAUAAGCUAUAUAUGAGAUCAACUACCGCUUGCAAAUUUAGGAGUAACCUGUUUGGUAGCCACCCUUUCAACGAAGCUUUCAGAGAGUACCGACUUUGUUAAAAGAUCAGGCUUGUGGGAACUCUACUAUAGGGAUCUAAAUUAAUAGUUAAGGUGGCAUCUAUGAAAACUUUGAAUGAGUACAAGUAAGAGGCUUAAGUUUUCUCUGUUCUUCCAGUGUCUUGUGUUCUCUUUUCAUCGUUUUCUUCUUCCAUUCUUUUAAAAUGUUAUCCUUAGAGAUUUGUCUCAAUCAUGAGGAUAGCUCACAAAAUUAUUUUAACAUUUACAAUUCAGCUUUAAAGUUAAUGUUUUUUUUAGUUCUAUCCCAGAUUUGCAAUCUGUUUUUAUAUAUCUCAGCUUUCUGAAGUUUCAGUUAUCACAAUUAAUAGUAGUUAAUGCGUCAAAGUUACAAUGAAUGUUCACUAAGCCAAAUUCGUCAAUAGGGAGAUGGAUGAUAGUAUGGCCUAUGGUUAUGAUUUAAAGGUCCUGAAUAUUUUCCAUACUUCUGUGGAACUGUGGUAUAUACCUUAAUGGUUCUAAGCGCUGUGCAGAGGCAACCACGCAAUGAUGGUGGGCUUUGUCUUGUGCAGUUCGUUUAGAUUUUCCAGGUGAGUUUAGUUUGGAAAUGGGCAGAGGAGAAAGUGUAUGUGCUGCUGUAAAGUUUUUCUUCAUUUUCUGCUAAGAAGUUUUCAGGCUAACUGGUGGAGGAUUUCUGUGGUGAAGAUAAUUGGAUGUCUGGAAGUAAUAUUUUGUGUUGCAGAACGUUAUGGUUGAAUGUUGUCUGUGAGGAUGGGCUUGCAACCAUCUAUAACUAGUCCGGAAUUUGGGGUUAUCUUUCUAGUUGGUAUACUAUUGAAGCAAGGAUUGGGAGGUGAUCUAUCUUUUAAGAAAGGGCUCUUUUGUAUGUAAUAUCUGAAAGAAAUGUCCCUUGGGUUACUGAGACUAAGGGCCGUGGAUGAUCUGUGAUGCUUUCAAUGUGGUAGGUGACCACUUGAUUACUUGUGGGCUGAUCAGAACAAUCUUGAAAAACUAAUAAAGUGGGAGCAAUGUCCUCACUCUGCGUCUUUAUGCCAAAUUGAGAAUAAAUACGGUCAUGAAAGACUUACUAUCAAUGAUUUCAAGUGAGCUAGGAAGAAGGGAUGAAGGACUAAUUUCGCCAAAAAACUUCUGACUCAUGAAUUUCUUGUAUAAUAACAAGCAACGGCUUCAUGUUACUGGUUAAGUUUGCUUGGUUUGUCACUUGUUACGUUUUUAAUAUCUGCAUUGUUAUAAUUUCGACACAUUUGUGGUAUGAGAGUACAGAACAGAGUAAAAAUGAAAAUUUUCUUAUUGAGACUGGAUUGCAAGAGCCAGUUUUUUAUCCACGCCUACAACCUGGAGAGUAGUUAGAAAAGUGAUAUUUGUGUUUACCAACAAUACCAUUCUCGAAUGGGUAAGAGAUACAGUAAAUGCGAAAGGAAUGAUUAUUGAUGAGAUUUGAAAUAGAAAGCUGCGGAUAAGAAGAAUUAUAGUUUUAGAAAAUUACAUUCUGAUGCUCCUUUAAUUGCACAGAAGUGGCGUUUAUUCUAAGACCACAGUGGGGCAGUAAUUGGUUGUAGUUUUAGGAACAUUACCUGAAAUAGUUAAAGGGCUACCUUCUGAUUUAAAAAGGCAUGCUCGGUAGAUGACAACUGAACACGACCUUUGAGGUUGUGGAAUUUGAUCACUUGCUCCAAUUUCAUAUCCUGAUGGAUUCCGUUUGAACUGAUUUUCGACCAAUAUCAUAAUAAUUACUUUCUUGGUGAAUUCUUCAUUUCAUUUUUGUCUCAGUAAACUUUUUCUUUCAUUUGUUUCUCACUUGACGAAAUCCUUUUUUUCAUUUUAUUUCUGGCUCAAUCAAGUGUUUGUUGUUUCCGUCUUCAGACAUCCAGGAGAAAAAACUUUUCUAAGCUGAGCUCUUUCCUUUUUGCCAACGCUCUUCAGAUUUAGCCCAGAAUCGUUACUUUGAAGAUGAAGCGUUCAUUGGAUAUUUGAAGUAUCUUCAAUAUUGGCAAAAGCCAGAGUACAUUAAAUUUAUAAUGUGGGUGACCUUUGAAAUCUGCUUUUCUAUAUAUUGGCCACUAUUCCCAACAUUAUCAUGUAAUUUUGAAAUUUCCUUUUCUAUGCUACAGGUAUCCGCAUUGCCUAUUCUUUCUUGAACUCCUCCAAGACGCAAAUUUCCGAAAUGCAAUGGCUCAUCCAGCCAGCAAGGUGUGAGGAACUUGGUCUUCGUACGAUUUAGCUUUGUUUUAUUAGUCUUUAUGAGUGCAAUAUAUGCCUUGCUUUACUAGAAUUAACAUGUCUGAGAAGUAGCGAACUUUGCUUCUCGGAAUGUUUUUAACUUAUUAUUGGCUACAGUGUGCUCAUUUUUUCUGUAAUUUCAGGCUUUACUCUAGGACUAAUUUGAAUGUCCAACCUGCCUUCAGUUUGUCUCUUUGAACUUGUGGAAGUCUGUCACUUUCUGUUACUUAGGCCAUCACCUUGUUGGCAGUCUAGGCCACCAAGAUGACUCUAUGGCUGAGCCACUCAAAAGGUGUCUGGGCCAGCAGUGCAAGAAGUCUAGUUGCAGUGCAUUCAGAAUACUGAUUGAUGUGAAUGCCUAUCCACAUCAUUGAUUCAACUGGACACAAGCAGACAGCGAUUUGCUUCUGCUUCUGGGUCAGAUAGAAUACAAAUGGUAGGAACCCACACAUAAAUGGGUACCUCUAUGAAUCAUUUGGCCUAGACAAAAACGGUUGCUUGAUGAUGUCUUUUGCCAAGCACUAAAGACAUUUAUCUGUGAGACUUUUCUUUCCCAGACAACAGUUCUUUGAGGACAUAAUAUUUCAAGACUGUGCAGAGAGGUAGGAGGUCAAUGGGAUCUCAAUGGCUGGGUUAAGCUCUGUUGAAACUAAAGGAUAAAAUUGUCGACAAGGAGCUGAUCAAGUGGUCAGGAUGUGCUAAUGGAAGAGUGUCGCAAUCGCCAAAGAAAAGAGUGUGUUUCUUUGUCUCUAAACAAGACCUACGUGCCUGAAAAGUGCAAAUGUCCUGCACUUAGAGUCUGAGGAGUUCAAUGCUCUUUAUGACAAUGGCUGAUUCCGAGGUAUAGCUGGGAUUGUAGAUGGCUAGUCAAUUUCUGUAUACAUCUUAGGCCUUCAAAAGCCUGACAUCUUAGACCUUCUGUGAAAGAGUUCAUUCUUGUUGAAAAAUUUCCAAGUUGCAGUCACUUUGAAUGAUUCUUAUAAAUGUACUUCAUUCUACUAUUCUGCUUUACCCUUAAUGCCUCAAGUUCCAUUACUCCUAGUUCAUAUAGAGUGAGCUGGAAAAAGAUCAAUACUAUUUAGUUUUAUUUCUUACUAAAAAAAAUGUUGUUUCUUAGAUAUGAUGUUACAAUUAGUGGUAGAAUGAUAUGUUAAAGUAAGCAAGGGUUCUAUCUAGUUCAUCCCUUUUCAUCAUUCAUAGAAGUGGUAAUAAUUUCAAUCAUAUCCUCCAGGAAAGCAUACGUCAACUGAACUAUCGUUAAGUAGAACACCACAGCCAUGCUUUAUUUACAAAAAAAUUGCUAUACUGUUUAGUAACAGUAAAUGGUGUUUUAAGCUCUUUCUCUUGUUAGGGCAUCCUUAUCAUUCAUUUAUGCAUCAUGCUUGUGUCUCUCUGAAAUAUGCAUGCUCCUUGAUUUUUGAGAUAUCCUUGGGAUGUUAUUGAUGACAACUGAUGCUGGUCGCAAUUCCUCUCUUUCCAUGCAGGAAUUAGCUCACAGGCAGCAAUUCUUCUUCUGGAAAAAUUAUAGGAACAACCGUUUGAAACAUAUAUUGCCACGCCCACUUCCUGAACCUCCUGGUGCAGUUGCUGCUGUACCUUCUCCAGUGUCAGCGCCAGCAUUGUCAGCAGCUACAGCGGCUACUGUUACCACCCAAGCAGCUUCUCCAAUGCAGUUUGUUGGAGCUCCUGGAGCCUCACUUCCGAAAAUUGAUAUGAGAAAUAGUGGUGUAGACCGUCGGAAGAGAAAGUAUGUCCCUUUGGUCGAUUUUUAUGCACUUCAGAAUUUUUUUUUUAUAAACACUACCCAGUUCCAUAUCCUAAACCCUAAACCCUCAAGGCGUUUUUCUUACUUCAUCUUUUAUCGUGACUAUAUUCAUAUCAGAGGGGUAAUUGUUAGUUCGAUGGAUUAAAGUACUUAAUCGCACUACCCAGUUCCAUAUCUUGAAGCCAGUUCCAUCAUUACGACUGAUAACUUGUGAAACACUUCAGUUACAGUUGCAAUGCCUUGAUAUUAUUCAUGCUACAUUGAAAUUUAGUAGCUUGUAGAGUAGUCAUGUGCUAUGAGUGUGGACUAAAGGAUGGGAAUAAAAUUCCCUUUAGAAAGUUUAGAAAGUUGUUUACUUUUCUGAAUUUUCUUUUCUACGGUUAUUCCUCCUGCUUUUCUCUGAAUAGUCGAUCGUUGCCCCCUCUUCUGUACAGGGCCUGAUUCUACAGCUCUGAGGAUGUUAAUUUCGGUUGUGCGCAAAGAAGGCUGUGUAUUUCACAAGCCACGGCCAAAAGGAUCCUAUGAAUCAAGAAUGGUCAUUGCUCUGGAAGCCUCCUAG